AUGCGAACUUUAACACUGCCCAUUACACCUUUCUGUAAAUUUACCCUUAGUGCUGUCAAUGCAGAAAACAAUGAGGUUAACAAGGUUCUGCACCGUCCCUCUGGCAAGUGGAAUAGCGUUCCUGUUGUUGCGCGAGCCUUUAAGGCAGCUGGCAUACCUUGGUGUGUGGUGGGCGAUGAAAACUAUGGUGAGGGUUCCAGUAGAGAGCAUGCUGCCCUAGAACCAAGACAUCUAGGAGGACGGGCCAUUAUCACCAAAAGUUUUGCUCGUAUCCAUGGUACGUGCUUAUUUUAUUAG